GCCGCCUUACUCUUGGAUGUCUCAGUCACUUCAAAGAUUCAUCUCGUCUGCUCGAACAUCUGCGCUCGUGUCUCAAAGCUUUUCUGGCUGCCUAAAUGUCUCAUUUAUUUUCCACUGAUGGAUCGGACGUUAUGAACUUCACUUGAUCAAGCGAACAGGCAGGAGCAUGGGCAAAGUCCAGUCCAAACUUGUUUCGAAACGCAGACAUAGUCCUGAAGGUGGUAGUUUGGUUUCCAAUGUGCAGACAUGUCAAAGCGAGCUGGAGCGUAUCCACAAAACCAAACUGACCGAGAACCUGUACGUAGAAUUGAGGGCAAACAGGUCGGGCCGUAACUGCAACCUUAAAGUUGUUCUGCCACCAAAGAAGACACGCCAUGGAAGUAAAGGCAUCCACUUCCGCGUCCAUAAACAAGCCAAUAAGAGGAACAGCCAUGCUGAUGUUACAGAGUGUCACAUGGGGCCUGAUGAGGACACACAGCGCGAGUGGGUCUUCACACUGUACAACUUUGACAACAGUGACAUGGUCAACCAAGAAGACAUCAAUAGUCUGAUGCACUCCAUGUAUGAGGUUCUGGAGGCGUCGGUCAAGCCGCCUUACGGUGGCCCCACACCCCUGAAGAUAAAGCUAGUUGUGACUCCGUCAGCUGACCCUGAGAACAUCUUACAAAUAGCCACCGAGAAGGAGCAGAGUGAGUUGUCUCAAGAGUCGGGACACCAAGCGAGAAGUUUUUAUUGCGUGGAGGAAAACAUAGAGCGCCGAAACCACUACCUGGAUCUAGCUGGCAUUGAAAACUAUACCUCCAAGUUUGACAACACAGAACCUCUCUCUCAGGAGCCCAGUAAGGAUGAUGGCUGUGCUCCCAAGCACCCCCCUGUGGUGAUCAGAGAGAAGCACGUCUCCCCUGGCUCUCCGGGAGGCCUCUCUAUUCCCGCUUCCCUCAAAAGCAAGGCUGUGUCAGCUGGGAAAGACAGAAAUGGAGGACAGGGAAAGUCUUGCCGAUUACACGGUCCACCCCCGGCCUCAUGUGGUCGUCCUUCUCAGCCCCAUAGCGUCCUGCAACGUGGCCACAGCAGGAGGGUGCGCUGCAGGGUACCAGAUGCCCAACACGCCCGAUCCACACCGGGGGGAGAUAAGGAAAUGUUUUCCAUUCUUCAGUCCUCUCGAGCGCAGAGACACGAGCACCAUCACCAUCAUGAGCACCACCAUCAUCAUCACCACCACCACCACCACCCUUCGGGGAAUUCAUUUUAGACACGUAUGAGGCAGGAGGGAAGAGGUGGUGUAGACUGUCGACCUGAAAUCCUAUUGAUCAUUUAUCAGUUGCAUCAUAUUGCAAUAACAACCACACAAAGCUCAUGCUUUCUUUUAUGCCUGUGAUAAAUUUUACUCAAUAAUGGCAAGACAACCACUAUUUGCAAUAUAUUCUGCAUUGACCACAGUGUGAUGUUUUAUCAUAGGUGUUUUUGAUCACUGACAUGAUACAGACUUGCUGUAACAUGUGUUUAUAUUGGCAGAAAUCCACCAGGGAAAAGGCAGAAACACACUUGCCUCCACUGACCUCAAGCCUCCAGAGACCAUAAUGCAUUGCAACCAUGUGGUGUAUUUUGAUA